AUGGCCUUUAACGGCCAAACACCAACGAUUGUUGUGCUGAAGGAAGGCACCGAUGCUUCCCAGGGUAAAGGCCAGAUCAUCUCCAACAUCAACGCCUGCGUUGCUGUGCAGUCCACAGUCAAGAGCACCUUGGGUCCCUACGGUGGUGAUCUCUUGCUUGUUGACAGCAAUGGCAAGCAAACCAUCACCAAUGAUGGCGCAACUGUGAUGAAGCUGCUCGACAUUGUGCAUCCGGCCGCUCGAAUCCUCACGGACAUUGCCCGAUCCCAAGAUGCCGAGGUUGGUGAUGGAACAACCUCCGUGGUGGUUCUUGCUGGUGAGAUUCUCAAGGAGGUUCGCGAUCUGGUUGAGCAGGGCGUCAGUUCGCAGACCAUCAUCAAGGGUCUUCGACGAGCGGGCUCCAUGGCCGUGAACAAGGUCAAAGAGAUCGCGGUGGAUAUCAUUGACUCGGCAGGAAGCGAGGAGAAGAAGAUUGAGACUCUUCGUCGGCUAGCAGCGACCGCCAUGAACAGCAAGCUCAUCAAGCGCAAUUCGGAUUUCUUCACAAAGAUGGUCGUGGAUGCUGUCCUCUCACUGGAUCAGGAUGACCUGAACGAGAAGUUGAUCGGCGUGAAGAAGGUGACCGGUGGUGGUCUGCAGGACUCUCUCUUCGUCAACGGUGUGGCUUUCAAGAAGACCUUCUCUUAUGCCGGAUUUGAGCAGCAGCCCAAGUUCUUCAAGGACCCUAAAAUUGUGUGCCUCAACGUUGAGUUGGAGCUGAAGAGCGAGAAGGACAAUGCGGAAGUCCGCGUUGAGCAAGUAUCGGAAUACCAAGCGAUUGUCGAUGCCGAGUGGCAGAUCAUCUUCAACAAGCUGGAGGCCAUCUACAAGACCGGGGCCAAGGUGGUUCUGAGCAAAUUGCCCAUUGGAGACCUUGCUACCCAAUACUUCGCCGACCGUGACAUCUUUUGUGCUGGCCGUGUGGCUUCCGACGAUAUGGACCGUGUCUGCCAGGCCACUGGUGCAGCAACCCAAUCCACAUGCAGCGACAUCCAGGACCGCCACCUGGGUACCUGUGGUGCUUUCGAGGAGCGCCAGAUUGGUGGAGAGCGCUUCAACCUGUUCUCCGAGUGCCCGGCUGCCAAGACGUGUACUUUGGUCCUGCGUGGUGGUGCUGAGCAGUUUAUCGCCGAGGUUGACCGAAGUCUGCACGACGCGAUCAUGAUUGUGAAGCGUGCCCUGCGCAACACUACGAUUGUCGCUGGUGGUGGUGCUACUGAGAUGGAACUGUCCAGCUACUUGCACGGCUAUGCUGACCGCAAUGUGCCUCACAAGCAGCAGGCCGUUGUGAAGGCAUUUGCCAAGGCUCUCGAGGUCAUUCCCCGCCAGCUUUGUGAUAACGCUGGCUUUGACGCCACAGAUAUUCUCAACCGACUGCGUGUUGAGCACCGUAAGAACAACCUGUGGGCGGGUGUGGACUUUGACAACGAGGGUGUUCGAGACAACAUGGCCGCCUUUGUUUGGGAGCCUAGCUUGGUCAAGGUCAAUGCGAUCCAAGCCGCUGUGGAGGCUGCUUGCUUGAUUUUGAGUGUGGACGAGACGAUCACUGACACAGGGAAACCAACAGAGAACGAGGAGUCUGCCCAGCCCGGCGGUCCCGCGGGUGGUCUUCCUCCCGGUGCUGCUCAGCGGGCUCUCCGUGGUCGUGGCCGCGGAAUGCCUCGUCGUGGAUAA